UUUAAUUUCAAAAGCGGAUAAAAAGAAAUUUGUAUAGUUUUAAUUGCAACUAAAGAAGUUUAAAUUAAAAGAAUUAAACUGCAAAAAUAAAGUACGUGACCGUCUUUUGAUUUAUCACCAAAAUGCUGACCAAUUUCGAAUCGAAAUCAGCCCGGGUUAAGGGUUUGUCCUUCCAUCCAAAACGCCCAUGGAUUCUGGUGAGUCUUCACAGUGGAGUUAUCCAGUUGUGGGAUUAUCGUAUGCACACGUUGCUCGAGAAGUUCGACGAACACGACGGCCCGGUACGUGGAGUCGCUUUCCAUUGCCAGCAACCUUUAUUCGUGUCCGGAGGCGAUGACUACAAAAUCAAAGUUUGGAACUACAAACAACGUCGAUGCAUUUUCACUCUGCUUGCCCAUUUAGAUUACGUACGCACUGUCGUCUUUCACCACGAGUACCCAUGGAUUCUGAGUGCAUCGGACGAUCAGACCAUUCGCAUUUGGAACUGGCAGUCGAGGAACUGCAUUUGUGUGCUCACUGGCCACAACCAUUAUGUAAUGUGUGCCCAGUUCCACCCGACCGAAGAUCAAAUUGUCUCGGCCUCACUUGAUCAGACUGUUCGUGUUUGGGACAUUUCUGGAUUGCGCAAAAAGAACGUCGCCCCAGGGCCCGGAGGACUGGAUGACCACCUCAAAAACCAUCCCGGAGCCACUGAUCUGUUUGGCCAAGCCGAUGCCGUUGUCAAACACGUCCUCGAAGGACACGAUCGUGGUGUAAAUUGGGCUAGUUUCCAUCCAACACUACCACUUAUUGUAUCCGGAGCUGACGAUCGCCAAGUUAAGUUGUGGCGAAUGAACGAGUACAAAGCUUGGGAGGUGGACACAUGCCGCGGACAUUACAACAAUGUUUCCUGUGUUCUAUUCCAUCCUCGUCAAGACUUGAUUAUAUCGAACAGUGAAGACAAAAGCAUUCGCGUGUGGGACAUGACAAAGCGUCAAUGUUUGUAUACCUUCCGUCGAGACGGAGAGCGUUUCUGGAUCUUGACUGCUCAUCCAACUCUCAAUCUGUUCGCAGCUGGCCAUGAUGGAGGUAUGGUCGUAUUUAAAUUGGAGAGAGAACGCCCAGCAUACGCAGUGCAUGGAAAUAUUUUGUACUACGUUAAGGAGAGAUUCCUUCGCAAAUUGGACUUCACCACGACCAAGGAUACAGUAGUGAUGCAAUUGCGUGGUGGUGGAAAAUCGCCGGUGCAUAGCAUGUCCUAUAAUCCCGCCUUGAAUGCAGUGCUCCUCUGCACCCGAACCAACAAUUUGGAGAACAGCACUUAUGAUUUGUGUCAAAUUCCCAAGGAGAGCGAAUCGACUUCCCAGAGUGAGACCGAGAGCAAGCGGUCAUCGGGUAUAACUGCUAUUUGGGUGGCACGCAACAGGUUUGCCGUUUUGGAUCGCAAUAGCCAGUUGGUGAUAAAGAACUUCAAGAACGAAGUUACCAAGAAGAUUCCAACAUUCUGUGAAGAGAUCUUCUAUGCCGGAACAGGAAUGUUGCUUAUUCGCGAUCCGGAGUACGUGACACUGUACGAGGUGCAACGCUUGGUAUCGGUUGGAUGCAUCAAACUGGCGAAAUGCCGAUACGUUGUAUGGUCGGGCGAUAUGUCGUUGGUUGCUUUGUUGUGCAAGCAUUCGGUCACGAUCUGUGAUCGGCGCCUGCAGUACUUGUGCACGAUUCAGGAGAAUACUCGAGUAAAGUCGGGUGCUUGGGAUGACUCUGGGGUGUUCAUAUACACCACAAGCAAUCAUAUCAAGUAUGCGAUUACCAAUGGCGAUCACGGUAUUAUCCGUACGUUGGAUUUGCCCAUCUAUAUCACCCGUGUCAAGGGAAAUCAAGUAUUCUGCUUGGAUCGGGAGUGUCGCACUCGGGUUCUGCACAUUGAUCCUACCGAAUACAAGUUCAAACUAGCCCUGAUCAAUAGGAAAUACGAUGAAGUCCUUCACAUGGUUCGAAAUGCUCGUUUGGUUGGACAGAGCAUCAUUGCAUAUCUGCAGAAGAAGGGCUACCCUGAGGUGGCCUUGCAUUUCGUGAAAGACGAAAAGACUCGGUUUGGCCUUGCUCUAGAAUGUGGCAGUAUUGAAAAUGCACUGGAAGCCGCAAAGGCCUUGGACGAUAAGGACUGCUGGGACAGAUUGGGUCAAGCCGCUCUUUUGCAAGGCAAUCAUCAAGUAGUAGAGAUGUGCUACCAGCGCACGAAGAACUUCGACAAGCUCUCCUUCUUGUAUCUCAUCACUGGAAAUCUCGAGAAACUGAAAAAGAUGAACAAAAUUGCGGAAAUUCGCAAAGAUGUGUCUGCCCAAUACCAGGGUGCCCUAUUGCUCGGCGAUGUCCAGGAAAGGGUAAAUAUUUUAAAGAACUGCGGCCAGAUGUCUCUGGCGUAUCUGACAGCGGCAACUCAUGGUCUCGAUGACCAAGCUGACGUCAUCAAGGAAACCAUCACGAAGGAGGGAAAUGCUUUGCCGGAAGUGAAUACAAAUGCGGUGUUGUUGAAGCCUCCAGUGCCAAUUCAACAGGUUGAAAGUAAUUGGCCACUUUUGACGGUUUCGAAGGGCUUCUUUGAGAGCGCGUCAUUAGCGAAGGGCUCGAAUGUCCGACAAGCUCUGAAUAUAAGUGAGACUGCGGCAGUUAUCGAAGAUGCCGGCGGUGAUGGCUGGGGAGCCGACGCUGACCUAGGUCUGGACGAACAAGAUGAUGAAAUGCACGAUGCUUUGGAGAAUGAGGAAGUUGCUGACACCGAAGGAGCUGGUUGGGAUGUAGGUGACGAUGACUUGGUAGUUCCCGAGGAACUGGCUCAGAAAAUCAAGACAAGUGCUAGUGAUAGCGGAUUUUAUGCUGCUCCAAAUAAAGGUUUAUCCCCGCCUCAACACUGGGCCAAUAAUUCGCCACUCGUUGUGGACCACAUUAAGGCAGGAUCGUUCGAGAGUGCUUUUAAAAUGCUAAACGAUCAAAUAGGAGUGGUCAAUUUCAAGCCUUUCAAGACCUUAUUCCUGCAUAAUUUCAUCGGUUCAAUGGCUAGCUUCAAAGCAAUGCCAAAUGUCAAGUCACUAAAAGCAUAUCCCCUCCGCAACUACACAGAACCGAAUUCCAAGAAUGGCAGACCUGCUUUGGGUAUAAAAUUAAACGAUCUUGUACAGCGCUUGCAAGCUGGAUAUCAGCUAACAACCACCGGCAAAUUCACAGAAGCCAUUGAAAAAUUCCAUUCAAUCUUGAUAAGCAUUCCCCUCUUAGUUGUGGAGACCAAACAAGACAUUGCCGAAGCACAACAAUUGCUUAAAAUCUGUUCGGAAUAUAUUUUGGGUCUAAAACUCGAAACCGAACGCAAGGGACUUCCCAAGUCCACUCUCGAAGAACAGAAACGUCUCUGCGAGAUGGCUGCCUACUUUACACACUGUAAAUUGCAACCUGUUCACCAAAUCUUGACCCUUCGAACCGCUUUGAAUAUGUUCUUCAAGUUGAAAAACUACAAAACAGCUUCAUCGUUUGCCAGACGACUUCUCGAAUUGGGUCCAAGGCCAGAGGUGGCACAACAGGUGCGCAAAAUACUACAGGCAUGCGAAGUUAAUCCUGUAGAUGAACAUAAUUUGCAGUACGAAGAAUUCAAUCCGUUUAACAUUUGUGGCAUCAGCUAUAAGCCGAUUUACAGAGGAAAGCCUGAAGUGAGCUGUCCAUUUUGUGGAGCUUCUUAUGAUCCAAAAUUCAAGGGAAGUUUGUGUAAUGUGUGUGAAAUAAGCGAGAUUGGAAAGGACUGCAUCGGAUUAAGAAUAUCUACUUUGCAAUUCCGUUAAAAAUCAAGUAUAUCAUUGAAUGAUUAUUUUCUUUUUCUGUCUUAAUAUAAUUUUACCAAUAUUGUAUCCAAUGCCUAAUAAAUAAAUAUAUGUAUUUAGUCGUUUCUAUAGCCUUUA